AUGACUUAUUCUCCAAUAGGACACGAAGUCAUGUCACAAAACUCAUUCAACUUACUGUCAGAAGACCACACCGACGAAGAGUUCCUCGAACUAUUCGGCACGGAAUACUUGUCUCUCGACAGUGAGUACCAAGCGUCAGUGAAGAGAAUAGACCCAGAGUUUUCAACAGUAGAAAGGAAUAAGGCCAAGGCGCAAUAUGAAAGAGAGAGUGCCGCUAAGCUGACUAUGUAA